AUGGAGAAAAAACACUUCUUUUGUAAUAACAAAGUGCAAGAUAUGGAUAAAGUCAAUAAGGAAAAGAAGUUUAAAAGUCUUUUCCUCAGUGAAGUGUUGUUCAUCAAGAGUCGAUCAUCCAGUAUUUCUGGGGGAAUUCGUAAAGAGGACCUUGAAAUAGUUUGUGAGAGAUUUACAACAAGCAAGCUCCGUGAAUUUGAAGAUCUCACAUCAAUAGCUACUUAUGGAUUUCGUGGUGAAGCAUUGGCAUCCAUUAGUCAUGUUGCACAUCUAACCAUAACAACUCGAACAAAUGAUUCUAAGUGUGCUUGGAAAGCUUCAUACGUUGACAGCAAGCUAACUGGUCCUCCAAAGCCAUGUGCUGGCAAUCAGGGUACACAAAUUUCAGUUGAAGAUCUCUUUUAUAAUGUAGCAACACGCAGAAAAGCACUUAAAAGCCCUGGAGAAGAGCAUGCCAAAGUGGCCGAGGUUGUGAGUAGGUAUGCUGUACACAACUCCAAGGUCUCAUUUACUCUUAAGAAGCAAGGAGAAAAUUCUACAGACAUCAGAACUCCUCCAAAUUCAACUGUUGUGGAUAACAUUAGAAUAAUAUUUGGUCCUUCAGUUGCUAGAGAACUUCUAGAAUUGUCAUUAGAAGAUGAUAAGUUAAAGUUUAAAUUAAAUGGCCAUAUCAGCAAUGCUAAUUAUUCAGUGAAGAAAUGUGUGUUUUUGUUGUUCAUCAAUCAUAGGCUUGUUGAUUCAACAGCACUGAGAAAAGCCAUUGAAACUGUGUAUGCAUCAUAUUUACCCAAAAACAGUCAUCCAUUUAUGUAUCUGAGCUUGGAAAUUGCUCCACAAAAUGUUGAUGUCAAUGUUCACCCCACAAAGCAUGAGGUUCACUUUUUACACGAGGACUCAGUCAUUGAAAAGAUUCAGCAGGCUGUGGAAACAAAGCUCCUGGGCUGCAAUUCAUCUAGAACAUUUUACACUCAGGCAUUAUUGCCUGGAGCUAACCCAGCUCCAGAGUUGGUAAAUGAAAAAGACCAAGGUGGUAGUAGUGGCUCAGGUGAAAAGAAAGACAAGAUAUAUGCACAUCAGAUGGUGCGGACAGACUCACGAGAUCAAAAGCUGGAUAAGUUUCUCUCGAAACCGGCACAGAACAAAGAUGAACAGAUGGACGAAGAUUUUGAAGACAGUGGAAAGUCUAGUUCAAAUGAUCCAAAACCAGUACGGCGUGAAAUAAGACUAACAAGUAUUCUGUCGCUAAUAUCUGAAUUUGAGAACAUUUGCCAUUCUGGUUUAAGGGAAGCUGUCAAGAACAUGACAUUUGUUGGUUGUGUUAGCCCUCAAUAUGCUCUUAUUCAGCAUGGAAACAAAUUGUAUCUAACAAAUACUUCAUCACUGAGUGAAGAACUGUUCUAUCAGUUGCUGCUUGCUGACUUUGGCAACUUUGGCAUUCUUAAGCUUUCAACCCCAGCAAGUAUUAAUGAAUUAGCAUUAAUUGCACUUGACCUAGAAGAGAGUGGCUGGUCUGAGGCUGAUGGAAAGAAAGAGGACUUGGCAAACUAUAUUGUUACUCUUCUGCAGUCCAAAAGUCCUAUGUUGGAUGACUAUUUUAGCCUGAAAAUUGAUGAUGAUGGCAAUCUAUGUACUCUUCCAUAUGUAAUAGAUGAUUACGUACCAGCAAUGGAAGGUCUUCCCAUGUAUAUUCUUCGAUUAGCAACGGAGGUUGACUGGGAUGAUGAAAAGGAAUGCUUCCAGACAUUUUGUCGUGAAACUGCAAGAUUUUAUCGCAUUCAAAGAAACAACGAACCAAAUCGGGUUGAAGCAACCGACAACUGGAAGUGGGUGGUAGAGCAUGUUAUAUAUCCUGCUGUGAGAAAGUCUCUGCUACCACCACAACACUUUGCUCAAGAUACUACAUUUUUGCAGAUUGCAAAUCUCACAGAUUUAUAUAGGGUCUUUGAAAGAUGUUAGCCUACUUAAUUCAGCAAAUUUCGCUGUCCUAUAAUUGAUAGUUAUCAUAUACAUAUAGUCUAAUCACUUCUCUAGUUUUAGAGUAUGCACUUGUUCAUUGACAAGGCUGAAUAUAUUUUCACUAAUGUUAAAAUGCACAGGUUUGGUCAUUUAGGUAACUAAAGGAAGAAGUUUUUUUGUACCAAAGGUAAAACUGUGAUAAACUUUCAUUAAGCCAUAUUAAAAUCAGAGAUCAGAAAAGUGUGAUAAAGUGAAUGAAACUUUUACACUAUGGUAAACUUUAAUUUAUAACAUGUCCAGCAGUUUACAUUAUUUACACUACAACAAACUAUAUGCACCUUCACAUCAUAAUGACAAAAAUGAUGUGGGAUUCUACAUACCUCAAGAGGGAAGGCAAAUAUGUACAUAAUAAACAUUUACUGAAUUAACAUUCACAGCUCUUCUACGUAAAAAUGGCACACUGAUACCAAACUUUAUUGUAAAUAAAGACUAUCAUCUGUACAACUUU